AUGUCCUCCCCCGCAUCCGAUGUUGAAUUGAUCAAGGUGAAUUCAUCUCAUGUCACUUUUUACUCUCAAAUUCGGUGCUGACGAUGAAUGAGAUGCACCGCUCCGCACCAGAACAAGUUGGGCGUGCACCCCGAUUUCCCGAAAGCGGGUAUCGUCUUCUUGGACAUCUUCCCCCGUGCGUGUAGGAGAACAAGAGUGGGAACGAGGGCUAGUCCAUAUCUAUCUGACCAGGGUCGUGGAUGAUGUACGCACAGUCUUCCAAGAUGCGAUCGUGUUUGAAACCCGUAAGCGAGCUACCGCAUAAAAGGGUUUGCGUAACCUCCCUGCCCCCGGUCCUCUGCACGACCCUAACCCACUCGCCCCUCCCACCCCCCUACAGUGAUCACUCACUUCAUGUCUCACAUCUUCACGCACACCUUACCUCGAACGCCGCACAACAAGAUCGACGUCGUCGUAGGACUCGAUGCUCGUGGAUUCCUCUUCGGACCCAUCCUCGCUUCCCGUCUCGGUGCAUGUUUCGUCCCCGUUCGAAAAGCGGGUAAAUUACCCGGAAAGACGAUCGAGGCGAUUUACGAGAAGGAGUACGGUCAGGAUAAAUUCGAAAUGCAAGCGGGUGCGAUCAAGGACGGUCAAACGGUUUUGUGCGUGGAUGAUUUGAUCGCGACGGGAGGGUCCGCGAAAGCGGCGGGGGAGUUGAUUACCAAGAGCGGAGGUAAGACGGUCGAGUAUUUGUUCGUGAUUGAUAUUCAGAUCGGGGGCGCGGAUGUGUUGGAUGCGCCGAGCUAUUCGAUCGUCAAAGCUUAG